AUGUCAACAUUUCCAACUGAAGGUAACUUAAAAUGGGUUCCAAUUACCAAAGAAAACAAAGACAUUUUAUCAUGUCCAUUUCCAACAGGGUUUGAUUUGAAAAAAGUGUUGAAAGAUAAAACCGUUGCGAUUACAGCAAUUCCAAUUUGUUUUUCACCAAUUUGUUCAGGACCACACGUUCCAGGGUUUUUGAAACACUUAGAGGAUCUCAAAUCUAAAGGGGUUGAUAAAGUGAUUGUUUUAUCAGCAAAUGAUCCAUUUGUCAUGUCAGCUUGGGGAAAAGCUUUAGGUUAUACUGACGAUGAAAAUUACUUUAUGUUCGUUUCAGAUAUUGACGGUAAACUUAGCGCUCAAUUGGGUGAAGACUUCAUUCUUGAUAUGUCAGCUCAAGGUUUUGGUCAAAGAUUAAGUAGAUAUUCUGCUUUAGUUAAAGAUGGUGAAAUAAUCUAUCUUGGUAAUGAAAAAGGUCCAGAAUUCACUGAACUUUCAUCUGUCGAAACUAUCUUGGAAAAGUUAUAG